CGGGAACCGGGAGCCCGAGGGAGGCGCGGGAGCCUCGGGGAGCCGCCGCCCGCGCCCUGCGCCCUGCGCCCUGCGCCGCCGCCGUGCCGCCGGCUCGCUUCCUCCGGGUUCCCAGCCCCGGGUGCUGAGGCUCCGGUCUAUAAAUAGCAGGUUACAGCUCCGGCUCCGCGCGCACACGCUCACCCGCGAACGCCGGAAAGUCAGGCUCAAAGUGUCUGCUGCUGCUGCUGCCGCCCGCCGCUCCGCCUCCGGGAGAGAGUGGUGGCUGGAAUUCUAUAUUUCUCACAAGCUCUCAGGACAUGGUGAGGCUGCUGGUUUAUGAACCAUCCUUUGAGAAUAAAGGGCCCGAAGCCUGAGAAUUUGACUUUGCAACAGCAUGCAAUAAAAGAACCCAAAGAAAUGGUGUUACCUGGCAAGAGAUCUGCUAUCCUUUAUGAAAAAUCAGACCAAGAGCUCUGAAAUCAGCCAGGCAGUAAUCAAAGAGCAGAACUGUUUGAGGAAUACAACAAGAAAGCAGAAUUUCAGAGUGGACUGCAGUGUGAAGAUAGUCUAUAUCAAAUCAAGAAUCAUUGGCAGUGACAUUUGGGCACAAAACUUUGGAAGAUUUCAAGAACUGUAAAGGUUGAUCAUGGAAAUCAAAGAGGAAGGAACAUCAGAAGAAGGCCAGAACUUUCUGCCUGUACCCCAGGCAAAUGAUAAUGGGGACUUUCAGUUCACAAGUAUUCAGAAGACUCCAAAUGAACCACAGUUGGAAUUCAUCCUUGCGUGCAAGGAUCUUGUGGCUCCCGUCCGUGAUCGAAAGCUGAAUACACUGGUGCAGAUCUCAGUCAUCCACCCCGCGGAGCAGGGUCUGACAAGAUACUCCAGCACGGAAAUUGUGGAGGGAACAAGAGACCCACUGUUCUUGACUGGUGUCACAUUCCCAUCUGAGUAUCCCAUCUAUGAGGAGACCAAAAUAAAACUAACAGUCUAUGAUGUCAAGGAUAAGUCUCAUGACACUAUUCGAACCAGUGUCCUACCUGAACAUAAGGACCCCCCACCAGAGGUUGGGCGAAGUUUCCUGGGCUAUGCCAGUUUUAGAGUCGGGGAGCUGCUGAAGUCCAAGGAGCAGGUGCUGGCUCUGGGCCUGAGAACUUCAGAUGGUGGCAAAGUUGUUGGCACCAUAGAAGUCAGUGUCGUGAAGAUGGGGGAGAUUGAGGAUGGGGGAGCCGACCACAUCACGACAGAUGUGCAGGGACAAAAGUGUGCACUGGUAUGUGAAUGUACAGCCCCAGAAAGUGUGAGCAGAAAAGAUAACUUACCUUUUCUGAAUGCAGUGUUAAAGAACCCAGUGUGUAAAUUAUAUAGAUUUCCCACAUCUGACAAUAAGUGGAUGCGAAUCCGGGAGCAGAUGUCAGAGAGCAUACUUUCCUUUCAUAUUCCUAAGGAAUUGAUCUCUCUUCAAAUCAAAGAAGAUUUGUGUAGAAACCAGGAGCUAAAAGAACUUGGUGAGCUUUCUCCACACUGGGACAAUCUACGAAACAAUGUCCUUACCCACUGUGAUCAAAUGGUAAAUAUGUAUCAAGACAUCCUGACAGAACUCAGCAAGGAAACAGGGUCCUCUUUCAAAUCAAGCAGCAGCAAAGGAGAGAAGACAUUAGAAUUUGUUCCCAUAAACCUACAUCUGCAAAGAAUGCACGUUCACAGCCCUCACUUGAAAGAUGCUCUCUACGAUGUCAUCACUGUGGGAGCCCCAGCUGCGCAUUUUCAGGGAUUUAAGAAUGGUGGUCUUCGGAAACUACUCCAUAGAUUUGAAACGGAAAGAAGAAAUACUGGAUACCAGUUUAUUUACUAUUCACCUGAAAACACAGCCAAAGCAAAAGAAGUUCUCAGCAACAUCAAUCAGCUACAACCUCUGAUAGAAACCCAUGCAGACCUACUGCUUAAUUCUGCAAGCCAGCAUUCUCCAGACAGCUUGAAGAAUUCUUUAAAGAUGCUUUCAGAAAAAACUGAGCUUUUUGUACAUGCCUUCAAAGAUCAGCUGGUCAGAAGUGCCCUUUUAGCACUUUACACUGCCAGGCCAGGAGGGGCCAUUAAGAAGCCACCCUCUCCUAAGAACAGCGCAGAGGAGAGCAGUUCCCAGGACCCACCCCCGCCUAUGAGAAGGCAGGACUCCAUACCACACCAUUCAGACUACAAUGAGGAAGAGUGGGAUAGGGUGUGGGCCAAUGUGGGGAAGAGCCUGAACUGCAUUAUUGCUAUGGUGGAUAAACUCAUUGAAAGAGACGGCGGCGGUGAAGGAGGCAGUGGCAGCGGCAAAGAUGGAGAAAAGGACCCUUCUCUAGGGGACUCCAUCAUAACUCAUCCAAAGGAGGACUGGUAUGAACAGUUGUAUCCCCUCGUCCUGACCCUGAAGGACUGCAUGGGAGAAGUGGUGAAUCGAGCCAAGCAGUCCCUGACGUUUGUGCUCCUUCAGGAGCUUGCCUACAGCUUGCCCCAGUGUUUGAUGCUGACGUUGAGGAGAGACGUCGUCUUCAGCCAAGCCCUUGCUGGAUUGGUUUGUGGUUUUAUCAUCAAAUUGCACACAAGUCUGUAUGACCCUGGUUUCCUUGAGCAGCUUCACAUGGUGGGAUUGAUAGUACAAUAUGAAGGACUGCUAAGUACAUACAGUGAGGAAAUUGGAAUGCUGGAGGACAUGGCCGUUGGUAUUUCAGACCUGAAGAAAGUCGCAUUUAAAAUAAUUGAAGCUACAUCCAAUGAUGUCUUGCCAGUUAUAACAGGAAGGCGUGAACAUUAUGUGGUGGAGGUGAAGCUUCCAACAAGAAUGUUUGAGUCUCUGCCUCUACAGAUUAAAGAAGGGCAAUUGCUUCAUGUGUACCCAGUACUUUUUAAUGUUGGAAUCAAUGAACAGCAAACUCUUGCUGAGAGGUUUGGAGAUGUCUCUUUGCAAGAAAGUAUUAAUCAGGAAAAUUUUGAACUUCUAAAAGAAUAUUACACAGUAUUUAUGGAAAAGAUGCCUCCUGAUUACAUUUCACAUUUUCAAGAACAAAAUGACUUAACAGGAUUACUAGAAAAUCUCCAUCAAAAUAUCCAAGCCAAAAAAAGAAAGAAUGUAGAAAUCAUGUGGCUGGCUGCAACGAUUUGUCGCAAACUAAAUGGCAUUCGUUUCACCUGUUGUAAAAGUGCCAAAGACAGGACGUCGAUGUCCGUGACGCUCGAGCAGUGCUCUAUCUUGAGGGAUGAGCACCAGUUACACAAGGACUUCUUUAUCCGAGCACUGGAUUGUAUGAGAAGAGAAGGAUGCCGCAUAGAAAAUGUACUGAAGAAUAUCAAAUGCAGGAAGUAUGCUUUCAACAUGCUACAGCUGAUGGCUUUCCCCAAGUACUACAGACCUCCAGAGGGGACUUAUGGAAAAGCUGACACCUAAGUUUACCAACAUGUAAAUAAACAGGAACACAAAUACGCUUCCGUUGGAUAAUCUCUACCUUCUUUAUGUUUUCAUUGUCAUGAAUUUGUGGAGGGAGGUGAUCAGGGAUAUUUGCCCAAAUCUAGGAAUUACUUGAAUUAGUUAUUAGCAUAUGACGCUGAAAGAAAACAAAGCUUAAAUCAUAUCAUGUUUCUAGUUCUAAGCUUCUAUGUAAUGAUUCUCACUGGUUGAGAUCAGCUCCGAACGUGUACAUUUCAUUCAUGGAGGAUUUCAGUGAAAGACUUUCUGAGAAAACCUAGGUUGCUACAGGGGGCCUGGGAGUGUUUCAGAGAGUGGCAUUCUCUCCUCCAAAGCGAUGAUAGGAGAGUGUAAAGGGGCAAGACUUUGAGAUAUUAUUUCAUAGCCUUUCUUACACAUAAACCUGACAGCCCAUUUGUGGGCUUUAAAAAAAAUAUUUUUCUAGUGACUUAAGACUAGGGAGAGUUAACUCAUGAUCUUGACUACAGAAGCAGUUUAUAUGUGCUUGUAAAGACAUUUGUCAUCUGGUGGAGGUGUGACAGGUCUUCCUAAACAUGUAGAUGGACAGUGUUAGCGAAGCAGUAAAAAUACUUCUCGAAAGCAUAGUGUCUUUCCAAAACUCUGACUUAGGUUCGAUAGUCCCCCAUCAGCCUGAACUUUAUGUAAAGUUCAUGAAAGACUGUAAAAUGUCUUUGAGGUGUUUUCUAGCAGUCAUCUUGGUAUAGAAUGUAGAAGGUGUAAGUAGGCAUUGUCUGGCAUAGAUUAGUAUAUGUGAAUAAACCUUUUAAACCAUAACUAAUGAUAAACCAAAACAAUUAUUCCUCUUAAAUGGAAUUUCAUAUUUGCUCUUAUUUAGUAAAAUAACACUGAAAGUUUUCCAAAACUUCAAAUCAGAAGUUGCCUUAGAGAUCACCAUGUGUAACACCUUUAUAAAUAGCUAAAUUAAAGUACAAGGAAGAUAUGCCCCCAAUUACCCAGCUGGAUAAUUUUAGAACCCUGGUUACAGUCUCUUCUUACCUUGUUAGCUUGUGGCUUGUCUGUUCUCUAUAUUGCCACACUAAAUAUAUACAUGAAAAUUUGGGAAGAAUGCUAAUUCGUUAAAUAGAAAUUGGCAUUUACUGCUGUAAUUGAAGGUUAGAGUACAAUGAUCUGAACAAAUGAAAUUUAUUUUCACCAAAUUUUAAUUCCUUCUUUUUCCUUUCUCAUCAGAGGAACAUACCAUCCAGAGCAUAAAUCUUCCUUGGAAAUGCCAGAGGCCUGUUACACAGACACAUCUUAGCUAUGACCCCAUUCAAUGGAUGAUCUUAGGGGUUUCCAUAGCUAAUACGAUAGCUCCUCAACCAAGAUGCCUGUUGACAUAAAGAUUCCAAACAGCUCUCCAGGCUUAUAUUGGGUUUUUCAAAUUACUGCAAUUUUAGAUAAUCCUUUGGGGCUUUUAAUGCUAGAAUUAUCAAUCCAUUAUUUUAGUUAAGGACUUGUGGGCAUUAUACUUGAGGCAGUUGUCAAACUAUUUGCAGCCUUUUUCAUAAAAAGAUGCUGUGUACUGUGGAUCUAUUCAUGGAUAGGUUAUCUUGGUGUUCUCCUUUAUCCCUCAUUCUCCAUUUCACUGAGUAAAUAUAAUCUUUGAAUUGUUUAGUUUCACUUGAAAAUGGCAGGAUUUGUGAUUAUUUUCCUUAUCCCACUGGAUUUAAGGUACAGACGUUGGGAUGACAGAGGUUUCCUUGAAUAACUAUGAAGCCUCAUUCAGUAUAUCAAACGAUAGUCUGAGUUCCAAGAUACCUUGUGAUUUAUCAUCUUGUAAAUAUUCUUAUAAACAAUAGCUUUUUGUUUGUAUUUUUAAAAAUGAAACCUCUUGAUGCAAAUAUAGAAAAGUAUUUAUUAACUAGAAAGGACAACAGUAGGGUUUUCUAUUUUGGGAAGACAUUUCAAAGAUUUCUCUUUUAUUACGUACUAAUAUAAAGUUCUCAAAGAGUAGAGCUUACUGUAAUACAAAUAUAAGUUCUCAUUUAUUAUUAGCAUAAUCAUCAGCAUUUCCCUACUGGAAGCUUAUAUUGUGCACACUUCUCAAAGUGGAUUUCGUCAUGAAAGUUUUUGUUUCAUAUUGACAACAGUGUUGCUCCUUUCCUGUGUCCAAGCAUCCUUGGAAAACUACUUCAUUAUUUCUUAACUUAUUGAGGCUUUCUAAAUCAAAGAGAAAAAUGUUAAACAAAAAGUUUUAAAAUCUCUUUUGUACAAACACAGGCUCAAGCAUGCUUUUCUAUCUCCAUUUUCAUUGAAAAGAUUGCACCAGUCACCCGAUUUUAAAAGAUCACGUUGAGCCAGAAACUGAACCAAGAAAAUAACAUUUCCAAACAAGAUAAUUUUUUUUUGCUCAAAAACGUUUACCCUCUGAUAUCAUCAAAUGUAGAUAACAAUUCUGUAUUAGCUAUUUACAGUCUUCCAGAAAACAUAUUUAAAAACAGGGGAGGGUGGGAUCCUAAUUAUGUUUGACCCAGUGACCAAAAAUCCAGAGCCUGAAACUGUUCUGCUAAAAACAAAAGUUUGAAAUAUUUAAUUGAAGCAGACCCACCUUUUAGAUGCACCCAUUCAUUUAUUUCUUGUGUGGUUGUUUCUUUCUUGUAAAUAUUGCCUUGGGUUUUGUCUACGCUCUGCCAAAACAAUCCUUUGAUGUGAAUAGUUUGGUCCAUCCAGUAAUCCAGUGAGUCAGAGCAACCAUCUGAUGCUGCUAUCAAAUUGUACAGAAAUGACCAACUGCCCAGUUAGAGCAGGAGGCCAGGUAACUAACCUCCAGCCCUUACUUUAUAAGACUAACACCUCUUCUGAGGAACCGUGAAGUCUUAAAAGCUAGCAUCUGGAUGAAGGAUACUUCGCUUUUUUUCUUUCAACUAAGUACGGUAUUUUAUAUAGAAUAAAACAGUGGAAGAGAAAAGGAUUUGUGUAGAGCAAUGCUUUUCUUCCCAAGCCAAUCAAACCCCCUUCUGUGUAAAGUAUGAUACGUGCAGAAGAGGAUGACAGUGGUGUGCUGGAAACUGGCUCAUGCUGACUCUUGAUAGCUGACCAUUAAAUUCUGGAAGCCAGUUGUUAAAACACAGCCGUCAUUAAAUAUUAAAUUACAAAGUACAACUGAAUAAAUUUUAUUAAAAACAAAGGUAAUAAUCAAAACUUACCAAUUCCUAAUUAUUUUUCUACAUUUUACUAUUGACCUCUGCUCUUGAGGUUGUUUAUGUCAGUUGUAUCUGUACAGUGGAAACACAAUAUUAUAAUGUGCUAACUGUGCCUCUCAUCGGUAGCUUGAAAUUGAUCACAGUGGGAGUUAACACCACAGAAACUGCCAAAUGCUACCAAACCAUACUUUUAACUCUGGCAAAGCCAGUUGCUAAACAUUUGCCAGCACACAGCUGAAUGUCACCAUCACUUUUUCUCCAAAAAAUAACCAGUAAUUGGAAGCAGUAUUAAAUUAUUAAAAUGAUAUAAAAUGCAAUCACUCAUCUUCAUAUGGCUACAAUUUUGAUUUGGUUUUUACCCUCUUUAAAGACUCCUAUUAGACUGUAAGUAAUAUUUCAUGUUUGUAUCAUUCAUAAUUAAAUCAUUUAAUCAUAAUGAUGUGUUUUAAAAACACCUCUGUAUGAUGUUCUGCAAGAGAAACCUCAGCAGUGCA